UUCUCCUACAUCCCAUCACCUGCAGUUCUCCUACAUCCCAUCACCGGCAGUUCUCCUACAUCCCAUCACCGGCAGUUCUCCUACAUCCCAUCACCUGCAGUUCUCUACAUCCCAUCACCGGCAGUUCCCCUACAUCCCAUCACCGACCCUCACACGAGACCCUCACACGAGACCCUCACACGAGACCCUCACACUAGACCCUCACACUAGACCCUCACACGAGAUCCUCACAAGAGAUCCUCACACGAGACCCUCACACGAGACCCUCACACGAGACCCUCACACUAGACCCUCACACGAAACCCUCACACGAGACCCUCACACGAGGCCCUCACACGAAACCCUCACACGAGACCCUCACACGAGGCCCUCACACGAGACUCUCACAAGAGACCCUCACAAGAGACCCUCACACGAGACCCUCACACGAAACCCUCACAAGAGACCCUCACAAGAGAUCCUCACACGAGACCCUCACACGAGACCCUCACACGAGACCCUCACACGAGACCAUUGA